AUGUCCGUUCUGGGCGAUGGCUUGAGUUCCGACGAGUCAUCUCAGCAGGUCAAGGAAGAGGCAAGCGAAGACGACCAGGAGGAGGCCGCCGACCGGGAAGCGGCGGACGUGAAAGUCCCUAGUGCGGAGAUGCAUGUAAGUGAAUCGAGUAUGAUGAAGCGUAUCGCCGGUGCCAAACGAAAGAAGAAUAGAACGAAACCCGAAGUUGCACCAGACUCAGACGACAAAAUGGAGGUCAAGGAGGAGGCCGAGGAUGCCGAGCAGGCCGAGGCGACCGAGGACGUCGACAUGGGGGUUGGCGAACCAGACGAGCCACUCGCGGUCAGCGACUUUAGUGUGUCGACGUUCGCUUGUUUGUGCUGGAUGUCGCAGAUGAUGGCAAAGGGCCCGAGAGCUGAUGCAAGGUGGACUUUGUCCAAGGUCGAAGUCCAGGCUCGGGCCAGAGCCUGGCUUGUCGGUCUGCAGGACACGUUUUGGCAGGACGUGGACAUCGACGGAUUGCGAAUUUCGGAAGGUCUCUUGAGCGUGGCCUCCGUGGCAGAGGUGUUUGGGAACAAGGCAGUGAAGGGUUUAGGCAAGGAGGACGUCUCCGUGGUCAAUGCCCUCGCGAGCUUGCAGGCGGAUGCAGCGCGGAGAAGUCUGUCGAAGGACCGCCGCCGUCUCUCGGAAAAAAUGUUUUCUCGGUUGCUCAAGUCGCUCGCAGCAGCGAUUGAUGGAAGCCGAGAGAAGCCAAUCUGGACGGACGUUCGUGUCGAGUCGCUGGACCAGCUCAGGACUCGGAAGUAUUGCAAAAAGACUGCCAGGGGCUACCGCAAGAUCUCCCACGGCUGCAAGGAGGCCGUUCUGCAGUCGGACCUUGGACACUCGGUCGGUGCGGCUUUGCAGGCACAGGGGCAUUUCGCCUCCAAAUCGGGCGAGGUUUCUCGAAGGAACAAGGACAGGCCAGGGAAGUUUCUCGAGGCCGAGCGUUUGUCCUACUUGGCUUCCGGCAAGCGGACAUUCGCCGAGACUGCCGUUCUGAGCGUCGUCGCAGAUGCCGUUCACAUUGGGCAGGAAGACUGGUUGAACGUGCUUGUCUGCGACCCAGCCCAGGACUUGUCGUUCGUUCUGCCGCAGCAGGUGAAGAAAGGAACGAGCAUCACCUCUGAGACUUGGGAGGCCAUGUGGGCCGGCCGCAUCACGAAGUUCUUCCAGAAGGCGGGGACCAAGGGCCGUUCGCCAGACAGUGUCGUUGGCGGCGUAAAGCAGCCAGAGCGGCAGGCCACCCAAGAGUGGCUGCGGGACAUGUCGCACAGCCUCUCGAGCGUCGGUUUGAGCUGGUCGACGUUCGCAGCCGCUACGGCGGAAGGAGAGGCCGUUCGACAGAAGAUCCUGAUCCUUUGUACGGAUCAGGAGGCCACUCAGUUGGCGGCCGCGAACUACUUGAAGUUCGGUCGCUCGAUGUUCGUGGAACACGUGAACGACCCCGCCCACCGUUCGCAUAACGACUGUCACUUGGCUCUCGCAGCGAGCGGGCUCCUGACGUUCGGCCUGAUGUCGAUCGGGCUAUACAACGUUCGGUAUGGCCCGUGGAACAAGGGCACGUGGUUCGGGAAGGUGCAGGGGAUGGCGGACGAGAUGGGCCGUUCGAUGCAGCCUUCGGAUCCGUUGCUGCUCGCUUUUUUUCCGGAGAUUCUCGCAGACGAGGGCCGUUCGCAAGACGAGAACACCGAAGAGCACCGGCGUGCGUUUCUGGAGUCGCUCCCGAACCGGCCGUUCGUCCGAGCGAAGGGCAGCAAGGCGUCGCAAUCUCGCUUCAACAGUCUGACGAUCGCCCACUCGGAACUCGACCGCGAUUGGUCGGCCUUUUGCCUGGUCUUGGCCACUCUGUGCGUGGCCGAAGGUUGGGUUAAGACAGCCGCUGAGCUCUGGUCGCCCGAUGCCACCGGCGUGGGGGAGAUGGCAGGGACCACGAGGGCGGCCGCGAAAUCGGCCGCUCGGAAAGCUUUGGCGAAGCAGCGGGGUCGUUCGGUAAACACACUGCAUUCCAUGACUACGUUUGCGUGCAAUGCAGACACCCGGUCUCUCGCCAGGACUGUCUUCUACGUACUGCAGCCCGAAGGUCUUCGCUGUUCCAAGAUGCUCGAGGAGUUGCGAAGCAAGAAGUCGACCGUGCUGUACUUCAGCAGCUGGGCUCACUGGUCUUACAUGGACACGGCCCGCCAGCACGUCGUUCGGCUUUCGGAGUUGGGGGGGUUGGAGAGGCUCGGCCUAGACCUCUCCAUGGUCGAUCCUGCAGGCUCAGAGGACGACCGAGAAGCCGCUACGGUUUGGCAGGACACAGUCGCUCGCAGGGUGACGAAGCUGACACACUGCCUACCAACGGCUGGGGUUCGACGGCCGGUCUGUUGCACGAGUCCACGGCCUGUCGGCAGGCUAGCUUGCGGUUUCUUGAGCAAGUGGACUGUGUCGGGCGAAGUCUCUGGAGGCCAAGAAGCUGCUCGAAGGCCACCCGGCCACGGGGCCAGUCAUGGCCAAGUGUCUCUCGGGGCUCAGAGCUGCGUCGUUCGUGGAGGUGCCCUUCGAGACAUUCGCCUGGCUGAGCGACAGGUGGGGCGGUCUGCUCAACAGCAAGCUCGUCGAGGACGGGAACAAGGUCCAGCUGGCCGUCUCGAGGGCUGGCGCGGCCUCUCGAAAAAGAAGCUGCUCCAGUCCUACGGCCGUCCAGAGGUCGCUUGCGGGACGUUGGUGACCGUUCCCCAGUCCUUCGAGGCGGACGACUGGUUCGUGCGGAAGAAGAGGGCCGUUCGGCGAGACUCGAGCUGUUCGUCGGUGCCUGUGGACGUGGAGGUGAUCGACGAGGACAAGCUGGCGGCGUUUUCGCUCUUGAGCAAGGUCGUUCGCGAGAAGCUUGACUGGUCCUUCGUGGAAACGGCCUGGUGGGCGUCGCUCGCCCCUGAAGGCCACGGGCUGCUUUUUCCCAGUGUGGACCCGUGUUACGUCGUUCGAACCUACGGGAGGGCUGCGUUAGUCUGGCCAGCGAAACUGGAGCCCUUCCGCCACGAAAAGCUCGUUUUGCAGACCGAUGUCACGUCGCUCUGCUGGUUGCAUCUGCGGGACGAGAACGUGGAGGUUCUCGAACUGGUGGCCACGUCGCCGCAGCGUGUUCUGGCUCCUUUCAAGGGUUUUUGUGCUCACAAAUCUCACAAAGCUUCCCAAGCCGCCUUCAAGAAAGGUGCGAGAUCCUUGGGCGAACGUCACCCACACGGCAUCGCCUUCAAAGUGGCGGCCAAGCGACCGUUGCUCGUGCAUCAGGAACAGAGCGGCUUUGCCGGGGUGCCUGAAUGGGCUCUGCGAAGACUGGCAGCAAACAAAGGCUGGAAGAUCGAGGCAGACGAGCCCGGCCACGAGGAAGACGACCGCCUCGCGAUCGCCUGCAUGCUGUCGCUCGAUGCGUCCCUGACCAAGGAAGAAGUGGUCGGCCGCCUGCUUCACAGGCAAGAGGCCGCCACAUGGGGCGAGGGAGCUGGCGUCGACCUCGAGGAGGUCAUUCGUGACACCAUGUUAGCGGCCGAUCAAGACCAAGCAUUGCAACAGCUGGCGAAAAGGCGAGCCACUCAGCAGUCGGCCGUAGACGUUCGGAAGCGUGGCGUCAGGACGUUCGAGCACGUGGCCAAGACUUUUGCUCGGCAGCCGGCCUUCAAAGCCGCACAGGCCGCUCGAAAGGAGAAGGAAAAGCGGGAGGCCAAGGCGGCGAAGGAGAGGGCGGCCGCUGUCAAGCGGUGCUAUGCGGACUGCGAUGAGAACGUCGAUCGGGCCGUGCAGGUCUCCGUGCCAUUCCGUGUGCGGGCCUACAGGGACGACCCAAACGGUCGCUGGAAGCUGUCGUACAGUGCUCGUUGGGCCCAAGCCUGUCGGAGCAUUUCGUGGACGGCGGUGGGAAGCAAGCGGGCGGGCUGCGAGGUCAUUCGUCAGGCGUGGAAGUGGGCAGAAACCUUCGAGGGCCUGGAGAUCUCUGAGGAGGCACAGGCCGUCCUGCAGAAGCUCGGCUGA